AUGUAUUGCUUUUUUAAAACAACCACUACAACAAAAAGAAGUUUCUUUGAACUCAAAUCCAUCAACUUAGCAUUGUAUCCAAUAGAACUCCAAGUCCUACAAGAUGCCGAUGAAUUGAGAAACAAAAUCAUCUUGGGAGAUUUUUAAGUCAUUCCACAAUAUCUACAAUUAUUCCUUAACAAUUUAGUACUAAUCCACAAAAAUAUUUAGAAACCCAUCCUAAACAAAUAGUCCCUAUUCCAUCCCUCGUUCACCUAUGAACCAAUUGUAAGCAACUGUUAAUUGAAAUCACCCUAAGGUAAAUCUUCAAUUCCAUAUCUCAAGAUGGGCAAGAAGCCUUUGAAAUAGAUUAUGUAAUGCUAAUCUACACAUACUGUUGUGGCUAGUUAUUUGAUGGCUUGCAGCAAAUCAAAAAUAUUAGAUAAUCAAUUGUUGAGAACAAAUGUCCUAAUCCCAAAGAUGUAGACGUGGUUUUGCAAAAGAUGAAAACAUCAUACGCUUUCCUAAAACAUAUAAAAAAUGAUUCAUAACAGUUAUUGCCUAAACUUUCCUCGAAGAAAAACUUUGACGUCGAAGAAUUUAGUUCUCAAUUUUUCAUUAGAUUUAGUACAUACUUUAUCAUUAUGGCCAAUUUAAUUCACUUUGAAAAGAUGCAGUAACUGAAUUAGGAGUAAGAGUUGAUCAACAGACAAAACUUAUGCAGCACUAUGUUCAAAUUGUUAGUAUCUAUUGGGAAUUUUGGCCAAGAUAGGUUAGGGGUGUAUUUUACAUACUUAUCAAUUUACUUGAAAUGUUUAGGAUACAAAAGUAUUAUGGAUAGAUAUUUGUUCAACAUUCAAAAGGAGAUUUAUAGGGAGAAGGGUAUUGAAAAUUCAAUUAUACUUAAGGCUUUACCGUUAUGGUUUUAGAACUAAUUCAAUUGUGCUAGGAAUUAAAAUAGAUUUGUAUGAUAAUCCUAAACAAGGAUUUGAAUGAAGAUUAUAUGGACAUAUUCAAAAUUUAGGCAUAAAGAUGGAUAGCCUUUUCAGAUCUUUAAGUACGAGUGCAUUCAGGAAUUGCCAGAAAUCCGUAACCAGUUCAAACCAAUGAAUAGAUCCUAUUGAAUUCUGGUUAUUUCAAUUGCUUAGAUUGA